AUGUCGCAAAACAGGCCUGGAGGAGCUUUCUCCGGCUUGCGCAUGGGUGAGGUGGUACGAGAAAAGGUGCAGGACGGCCUCACGGGCGAGACAAGAGAGAUGCAAUAUACCCAGUGCAAGAUAGUUGGCAAUGGUUCGUUUGGCGUAGUCUUCCAGACAAAGCUGUCGCCCAGCGGAGAGGAUGCGGCGAUCAAGCGAGUCCUUCAAGACAAACGAUUCAAGAACCGUGAGUUGCAGAUCAUGCGCAUUGUCCGCCAUCCGAAUAUCGUAGAGCUGAAGGCAUUCUACUAUUCAAACGGUGAACGGAAAGAUGAAGUGUACCUCAAUCUCGUCCUCGAAUAUGUCCCAGAGACAGUCUACCGCGCCUCGCGCUACUUCAACAAGAUGAAGACGACCAUGCCCAUCUUGGAGGUCAAGCUUUACAUCUACCAGCUGUUCCGAUCCUUGGCCUACAUCCAUUCGCAAGGAAUCUGUCACCGGGACAUCAAGCCGCAGAAUCUGUUGCUUGACCCAGCCACGGGAGUGUUGAAGCUGUGUGAUUUUGGAAGUGCAAAGAUCUUGGUCGAGAACGAGCCAAAUGUUUCUUACAUUUGCUCUCGCUACUAUCGUGCUCCGGAGUUGAUUUUUGGUGCCACAAACUACACCACCAAGAUCGACGUCUGGUCAACUGGCUGUGUUAUGGCCGAAUUGAUGCUGGGUCAACCCUUGUUCCCUGGAGAGUCAGGCAUAGAUCAACUCGUGGAGAUCAUCAAAGUCCUUGGUACCCCAACCAGGGAUCAGAUUCGUACCAUGAACCCAAACUACAUGGAGCACAAAUUCCCUCAGAUCAAGCCUCAUCCGUUUAAUAAGGUUUUUCGGAAGGCAACGCCCGACGCGAUCGAGUUAAUUUCUGCUCUCCUGGAAUAUACCCCAACUCAACGACUGUCCGCCAUUGAAGCCAUGUGCCACCCCUUCUUUGACGAAUUGAGAGACCCCAGCACCCGCCUUCCUGAUUCCCGUCAUGCUGGCGGACCUCCACGCGAACUUCCCCCUCUAUUUGACUUCUCCCGACAUGAACUAUCGAUUGCGCCCCAUCUCAACUCGAAACUCGUCCCACCCCAUGCACGAUCACUCCUGGCAGCCAAGGGUAUCGAUCUGGACAACUUGACUCCACUUUCCAAGGAGGAAAUGAUGGCUCGACUUGAUUGA